CGCUCUGAUUCCACCAAAUUGAGAGGAAAGAAAAUUUUCGUCAUCCGGUAAGGCUUUGGGACUUUUCUGCAGAGAGAUGGCUCUCAUCCCGCAAAUCUUCGGUCAGAGGAGCAAUGUCUUCGACCCCUUCUCCCUCGACAUCUGGGAUCCGUUUCAAGGCUGGCCUUUCGACUCUUCUCGCUCUCUGUUUGAUUCUUCUCGUCUCGGUGGUGCGCUCAGCGAGACCUCUGCCUUCACCAACACUCGCAUUGACUGGAAAGAGACGCCCGAGGCCCACGUUUUCAAGGCCGAUCUCCCCGGGAUGAAGAAGGAAGAGGUCAAGGUGGAGGUCGAGGAAGGAAGGGUUCUGCAGAUCAGCGGAGAGCGGAGCAAGGAGCACGAGGAGAAGAAUGACAGGUGGCACAGGGUCGAGAGGAGCAGCGGCAGGUUCUUGAGGAGGUUCAGGCUGCCUGAGAAUGCCAAGGUGGAUCAGGUGAGGGCCGCGAUGGAGGACGGCGUGCUGACUGUGACCGUGCCCAAGGAGGAAGUUAAGAAGCCUGAGGUGAAGGCUAUUGAAAUCUCUGGCUGAAAGCCCAGUGCGUUUUCUGUUCGCGUGUUGAAAUAUUGUGAGUCCGGGUGUGAGGUUUGUGCGGGUGUGGACUGUUCGUUUUUGUGUUGAUCAUGGUCUAUAUGGCUGUUGUGUGAUGAAUGUGUGUGAUUGUUGGGAGUAUGAACAAACCUAAGUUCUGGUGCUGGAUGAGCUAAUAAGAGAUGAUUUCGUAAGA